GCCAGCGCGAGCUGUGAGAUUAGAAUUAGCUACGACUCGACAGACUGCAUCAGAAUGUUGAUGGAGUUACUGCUGGGGAUUCUCCUCUUGACCGGUUGCCUUUUCUUGACCACCAGGAAGCCCUCGAAACUGCCGCCAGGUGUGUGGGGAUGGCCUGUGAUUGGCUGCCUCCCUUCCUCCAGUGAGCGCUUGUCUGAUCAAGUCAAUAAACUCCGCGCCAUCUACGGAGACAUUAUCAGCUGGCGUAUAGGGUGUCGCAUCUUCGUGUUCUUGUGUAAUAACGACUUGGUCAAGACCGUCCUCACCCGGCCCGAGUUCGUCGACCGCCCUGACCUAUUUACCUACGAUGUGUUCAGCGGUGGCACUAAGACCGGUGGACUCAUUUUCACCAAUGGACAAUAUUGGAAGAGGAAUCGCAAGCUUUUUCUCCACCAGCUACGAGACUUGGCGUUGGAGACAGACAUACAGCAAGAAGCGACCUACUUGGUGGAGGACUUGAAGGAACACGUCAGAACGCCCCAGCCUCUGCCUCUCUCCUGCAGGAUGGCUACCAUCAAUGUUAUCUGGAAAUUUACUGCAGGGACCCGUUUCGACCUGUGGGACGCCGGCCUCCAGAAUUUCUCCCGUCUGAUGAGUGAGAUGAGAAGCAGCUUGCAAGGCCGAGUCGCCCUCUUCAACGCCCUACCCUGGUUGAUCACAGUCGCUCCCAAUUUCCUUAUGGAGAAAUUGGGAGCCAAUAGGUUGCUGUACAAUGUCGAAAAAAUCACUGAUUUUAUAAUGCCAUUCAUAGAGGACCACGCGGCUAAGAUCGACCCAUCCCAACCCAGAGACCUGAUGGGUCUCUAUCUGAUGGAGAUGCAGAAGGAGGCUGACAGCCCUGAUUCCCACAUGAGCUGGAAGGACCUGGCAGUGGUGACAAUAGAACUGUUUCUCUCUGGCAGCGAGACCAUUUGGGCCACUCUCCACUGGGCUGUCCUCUACUUGGCCAAAUACCCCGACGUUCAGGCUAGAACACAGAGGGAGAUUGACGCGGCCGUGCCCAGAGGCACUCUGCCUUCUCUGCUCGACAAGGACAAGUUGCCGUACCUGCAAGCGGUCAUCAACGAGGUUCAUCGCAUCGUUGCACUGGCACCAUUGGGAGUGGCACACUGUGCCAGCCAAGACACGCAGAUCGGAGAAUACAGCAUCCCAAAGGACACGGUGAUAGUGACUAGUUUGGAGAGCUGUCUCAAAGACCCGCAGCUGUGGGAGAAGCCUGAGGAGUUUAACCCUAGCCACUUCUUGGACGAGGGAGGGCAUUUUACUCCCAGGAAGGAAGAAUUCUUACCUUUUGCUGUUGGUCGGCGAGUGUGCCUGGGACAGCCUCUGGCCAGUAUGGAGCUGUUCAUCUUCCUGUCGACGCUUCUACAGCACUUCACCUUCAGUGUUCCUGACGAUGAGGAACUCAUCAUCGAGAGGGACCCGCGUGAGAUGAUCAUCAAUGCCCCGAAGAGCUCCAAGAUUGUGAUUACCGAGAGGGAAUAACACUGCCAUCAGUGUUAGGUACCUGGGAGUUAGUCAGCUGUCACAGGCUGCUUCCUGGGGGUAGAGGCCUGGUCGAGGACCGGGCCGCGGGGAUACUAAGCCCCGAAGUCAUCUCAAGAUAACCUCAAGAUAGUGUUUGAUGGGUUGAAUAACCUGAGAUGCUUGACUUGAGACGCCUUGCUGAAAUUUGUAUUGUAUUAAUUUAUACCUCUAUCACAUUACUACCUGAAAAGGCUUCCAGGUAAUGUAUUUAUAAUAUCAGAAACUGUAUGAACUUAUAAUACCAAAAUUAAAAUACAAAGUCAUAAAAUCACAAAAAUUAAAAUCAUAAAAAUCAUA